UACCAUAGCAUGGAAGAUGAGAAACUUUUAAUUCAUCCUUAUAAAGUUAAUGAUGAAAAGAGAAAAGUAUCUAAAAGAACGAAAGUUCCCAAAUCUCGGGCAGCAAAUGCUUUAUUUUGUGGCGUAGCGUUAGGAUUUGUGUUUUCUUUUCUUGUUGCUUACAGUGGCAUCAUAAAAGAGAAUAAUGAUGAAAAUUUUUUUUUAUACGAAGCACUUUCAAGUAAAAAUGAGAAUAAUGUGGACACUUUAGAUACGACAAAUUUAGUGGAAUUUCUUAGGAAAGAAGUUCGAGUACUUUGUGCUGUCAUGACUAAUUAUCGAGCAGUUAAUAGUUCCGGCGAGAUUAUAUUAAAUACUUGGGGAAAACGAUGCAACUUGCUUCUAUUUUUCACUGAACGAGGUGGACAACCGUUCAAUGACAAUCACAUCGUACUUGAGGAAUCUGAUGAAAUGGAAAGAACACGAGCUGCUUAUAAAUAUAUUUACACGAAUCAUCUUCAUGACUUUGACUGGGUGCUCAAAACUACAGAACAUUCAUUCAUCAUUCUUGAGAACUUAAGGCACAUGCUUUAUCAGUACAACAAUGAUUGGCCUUUGUUUAUUGGAAUGCGUUUUCUUGCAGAGGAUUACAUGAUUGGCGAUUAUGUGAUGUCAAAACGAUCCUUUGUGAAGCUUCUUGAAGACGCAUUCACAAACCCUGCUUUAUGUGGAAGGUCCGGAAAUGCUGAUAAGGGAAUUGCAAAUUGUUUAUCGCGUAUAAACACAAUCAAAAUCGAUGGUGUUGAUGAACUUGGUCGUGGAAGAUUCUUCGAAAGUAGCCCUGAGAACGCUUUGUUUCCUGAAAAGUUUAAUGAAUAUGACAAUUGGUAUUGGCACAAGCUGAAACAAGGGGAAGAUUGUUGUUCCGAUCGUCUUAUCGCUGUUCAAGGAUUUAGUGACUUAAAUCUUUAUUACAUGGAAUAUUUCAUUUAUAAAGUUCACGUUUUUGGACGUCACAGAAAUCCGGAACCACUUCCUAGGAAAUUUUUCUUAGAAGAAGUUGUGAAAGAGAACACUUAGAUGAAUUAUUAAAUUAAUUAAAGAGAAAAUUAUCUCAAAUAAUAGUUUGAAAUUUCAAGUUCGUUUGAAUUACAAAAACUAUUGUGAUUAAGCUCUGUAUGUGUAUAAAUUUUUUAUCACUAAAAAGCAUCUUUUGUUGACUAAAGCAAAUAGAUUAGAAUGCUUUUGGAGGUUCCCUCAUAUCUAUUUAGUAAUAAAUUUAUAAAAAAUUAAAUAAAUUACCUAACAGUUCAUCGUUGCGCUUCAUGAUACUUUUAAAAGUGCAUUUAA